AGUUAUGAUUAUUUCAAUGUAAUUUACUAACAUUUCAAUUUAUUGAAUUUCAGUGGGUGUUUUGCCUAGGUGUAUCGUCGUUACCCUAUACGAUAAUAGGUUCGUUCUAGUACCAGUAGAAACUGGAAGUACUCCAGAGUAAACAGGGAGAAAAGUGUUUCUGUAUUCGCUACUUCUUCUUCUUCUUUUAGAGGCCGACCGGAGUAAAUAGAACCAACAUUUUUGUUCCUGUUUGCUCUGAAGUAACUAGGAGCAUGAAUUGUGUACUGGAAAACCUAGUUUUAAGCGGACCCUACACGAGACAGAAAUAUUGUCAAUAAAUAUAUAGACAAGACUGCUUCAAUCCAUCAAUCCCAUUUAAAUUUCACAGAAUCAAUAUUUUCAUGAUGACCUUACACCAUCAAUAUAUUGAUCAAUAUAUGAUUUAUUGUCAAUAUUUCUGUUCGUGUAGGGUCCGCUUUAGACCGAAUCACGUGUUGCAGUUGCAUUUGAAAAACUAUUGACCUUGAAACCGUGGCAACGCAGGGCACCGUAGCAACGAUUGUCGCUUAUUGAUCAAAGUCAACCAAGCGCAAAAUGUUCCAUCAAUUUGUCGCCAAAAUGUCGCUGAAACACAUGACAAACGUGAAAUCCAACUGGUCUAAAGUACGAGAUAUCCGAGCAGCUUGUUUUGUAGCUGAUGUAGCUUUGGCAGUAGCAAUGGACAGCCAUAUAUUGCUGGUGAAUCUUUCAACGAAAAUAGAAACUUUCUACCGGGCAGUAGACAAAACGAAUGGUGAUGGGGUGUCCUGCAUUGCAGGGCACAGAACCUUUAGUAUUUUCGGAUUUGCUGAAAACUGUGCAAAGCCCAGAAUUUUUCUCAUAGGAUACCCGGAAAAUUCCAUUUUGUAUGUUUUGGAAGGAGAUGAACACACAUUCAGUUACAUAUCAAUAUGUUUUUCGGAUAGUGAAUAUCUUGUUGCACUAUGUGGAGUACCCGAUUACAGUAUAGAGGUGUACGCGUGGAGGAACAAAGAGCUGUUAGCCAAACAAAAAACGACAAUCCAUACCGACAAUCAAAAGAUUCUGUGUAGUCCAACAACGACGGUGGAGGUGUGUCAACUAGCUUACAAAAAUGCGCAAGUUGUUUAUUGGGAAAUACACGGAAAUAUCAGAUUCUGUAAGCUCAUUGAGAAGAUAAUCAAACUACCAUUCAGUCAAGAACUUGCACCCCUGGAUUGUGCAUUUUCAGUUGAUGGCACCCUGAUGAUUGUCAAUGGACGCGGUACAGUAUAUAGUUUUGCGGCCAAUUCUGGACAAGUUAAUGAAAUAAUCGCCCCAAGAGAAGAACCCCUCAGGUGCACUCCAUUGAUAUACUACUGCAAAGGCGGGCUGUUAGUUGGUGAACCUGAGAGAAGUGUUAGUUUUCACAAACGCCAAAAAGGUUCAUGGAGUAAAAUGUGGAGUACUAAACUGUCUGAGGAGUAUUCACUAUUAUUACAUUAUUGUGCUAGCAAAGGACUUUACGGAAUAACGACAAGCGGAAAUUUGGUCUGCACACUAGUAGAUAAUGAUAUACGGAACGUACAUUCCUUACCAAUCAAAGAAUUGAGCUGCCAGGUAAAAACAAUUGUCAUCGUUAAUCCAUUGGGAGACACUCUGGUUUGUUCCAAUUUUAUCGAUGAAUUGAUCAUAGCUAGCGUAGCAACUGGAGCAAGAUUGAGCAAAUAUGCCGUGGGUCAAAUGCACUGCAUACAAGAACAUCCUUUAUAUCCAUUCAUAGUUGUUGGAACGUAUACUGGAAUAGUACAACUGUUGUCUCUACAUCGACCAGAAGAACCCUCCCUGCUUACAGAUUUUCAUCUUUGUCAUGUGGCAAUUAAGAGCAUACGUUUCUCAAACGAUGGACUAUACAUUGCUGUUUUCGACGUAGACAAUAAUCUAUUUUGCAUCAAAGGUCUACCUGGGGGCUCCAUGGAUGUUAUCUAUCACGUCGUACUACCAGAAAAUCUGCCGCGACCAAUAUUUUCUGUUCGCAAUAAUACAAUCGAAAUUGUUGGGUUGAUGAACGACAGGUCGAGAAUCACUAGCCAAGUCAUGCACAUUAGCAUUGCUCUUGAAAACAAGAUCAGCAUUUUUCAGAUAAAGGAAUUAACCAAAAAGUAUGCUGAACUAGACAAAAAAAUCGACGGAGAUUCGCUAUACCUGGCGAUUGCUUACAGAACAAAUGACAUCGAUAUACUUGAAAUAAUAUACGAAAGCGAUGCAUGCUUACGAAUAAAAAAAUGUGGAACUAUAAAGGUUAAACAUCAGGUUCCUCAGUUCAUGAUCCACGUUGACCAAUUUCAUAUUGUAACCUGGAGUAUCGACGGACUAAUCUCUAUAUACGAUAGCAAAACUGAUAAAUUGCUGGCAUUCUUUGUCGAUGGUAACCGAACUAAUGGAGGUAUUCAACUAGCAAGAUGCGACCCACUUCAUCACGUUUCUCACAGGUUCAGAACAUGUUUUGGAGUGCUGAUAACAUAUAUAAUCACACUCAGUUAUACGGGCUGUCUGGUUUGUACUAAAGUUCAUCGAAGUGCAGCCAGUGUACAACUAUACAACGACAUGAAGCUGAAGUUGAAACCCGACGAUGUGAUGGCCAUGUUUCGCACUCCAACCACCGGUUUCAGACCUAUUGAAUUUUCUUUAACCAGAUGGAUCGAUAUGGAGAAGAUCAGUCGAUUGGAGAGAGAGGAACUCGAGUGUGAACACGAUAAAAUGGCCAUCCUCAAUGAUUUUCAAACGAUAAAAACUAAAUUAAGAGAACUUCUUGAUGCAAACGAAACUGCACUGGACCAAGAACAGUUGUGCAUUCAAUCAUUUAAUUUAAAUGUUGCAAUCACAGAACAGUUAAAAGCAAAAGCUAAAGUCGAACGGGAUAUAGAACACCGCCGAUUAUUAAACUACAUUGUAAGUCAGGAAAGAGCCAACGCCAAGAUUAUUAAAAAAUGCUGGGAUGUCAUGGAACGCAAACCAGUGAAAGUGAGAUCGAUAUUAACGAAACUUGCUGUCGAAAAUUACCCAUCGCUCCCAAAAGAACGAGACGAGCAAUUUAUACAAAAGAUCGGUGUGUAUCGCAACACCGAGCACAUGGCCAGUCAUGAUGCGCUACUUCCAUGGAAGCCGACGCCUACAUAUCAGUUAGAAUCAAUACUAAAUCGUGACCCUGAGUAUGGAAACAUGAUCGACGUGUUGUCACGUUCCAUGGCCAAAAAGUGUUAUAGUCUCACCGGUACAACAACGCAUCUAUUCGUGGAACCAAUGCCGUUGCGAUUCGAACAGUUAGAGGCCGUUACAUUUGAACAACUAUAUUUCGAGAAUAUCUACGGAAAUAUAGAAAUACUGAAGCUUCGAGAUGCAUUCAACAAAAAGUUCGAUGAACUGAAAACGCUGAAAAAUAACGAAAUGGACACUGUGCUAAAGAGAAAUAUCCGGUUGCGUAUCAUUCAGCAAGAACUACUAAUCAUGUCGGAACUGUUGGAGACUGACGACUUCAUACCGGAAAUAAUUGUCGAUCCAUGCUUUCAACCGGAUGAAAUCCCUAACACAAUAGUAAAAAUCGAAAAUCACGAGAUUUCUGUUACUCAGUAUUUAACUCCCAGUACGGAAUGUCUUCUCGCAUUCGAAAAGGCGGAACGAGAACGCAGACAGCGCGAACUGAUGGCUGAUGACUUCAAAGAUCGUGCACUCAUGGUCAUGAUGGAUGGAGUAUUAGAGCACCGUUGGGAAGAUGAAAUUAAAAAAACACCAUCCACUCCUCAAUGUUUGGAAACAGGAAAAGACCCACAAUACUACACCGAAACCGAUCUUCGAGAAGUGAAAGAAUAUGAAGAUCAACUAGAAUUCUUAAGCAGUGAGCGAAAACGCUAUAAACAAAUUCUUGGAUUGGAAAAAGUGCAAACAGUUAAGAGUUUGGAAGAUCAGAUAAAAAAAUUCAACACAAUAGUAGGGCAAUGUUUGCUGGAAAAGAUCCGCAUAGAAUCUGCCAUACGAGAAGAAGAAAUACGUAUUCUGAGAAAUUCUCUGUUUCAUCAUCAACGUUUGAUAUUUGAUCGUGACAUAAACCAUCUCAGACAUGGUAUAGACGUGAUGCAAAAACAGAUCGACGAACUAACUGAAAUUAUAGCUGGCCUCCAGGAUAAAGUUGUCGAUUACAAGAAUACAUAUGAAACACUAAACACCAAAGAUAAGAUGCUCGACAAGCAAUUCAAAAUAAACUUCUCAGAUACUGCGCAAUCUGCAAUUGUUGAUCAAGCUUACAAAAUUUUCAAGAAACGCCCCAAGGCACAAUUGCGAGCGGCGAUAACUGUAUCUGUAUUCCAAGAUCUGGCUAAACGCAUUACAGUUAAAAAAGCAAAUCAAAAGAGUAAAAUCCUUCUACCGCAAGAAUGCGUAGAUCAUUUAUCAGCCUGCGAGAUCCUCGAUAAUACAACACAUUGUCCUGCCGGUAUGGAUAGCAAUAUGUGGCAUACGCUGUGUAAAAUGAGACGGUUUAAGAUGGAAAGUGAAUUCAGACUCAAAAGCUGCGAAAUUCAACUAGCAGAUGCAGAAACCGCCUUGUAUGCUUUUCAACGAGAAAUUGCUUCUAAAAAAAAUCAGCUUGCUUUCCAAGAAAGUCAAAUCCGGCAGUUGCUCCACGUUAAGUUUGAAGAUUCUACCAACAGAAAUGUUCAAAUUAUUUUAAAACUAGGAUUUAUCGAGGUGCCCAUGUCUGGUCAUUUGGUUGAUUUCGAUAGUUGCAUUCUUAUUCAUCGCACGGACGUUGAUGACAUUAACGUAAUUAUAAAACGUGCUGGAGCGAAAAAGCUUAAAGCCAUGAUCAAUGCGGCCAUGUUCAGGAGGAGGAUUAUUUCUCUGGAGUGGGAACACAAAGCACUUAGACUUAAAAUUAGAGACAUGAAGGAUCAGAUAAAAAUGAUCGAAAAAUGCAAAAUCACCAAAGAAGUUCAAGAAUGGUUAAAGCGUAAAGAAAUGAGUACAAUGGAAGACCUAGGCCAGCUAGCCCUUGAGCGAGAAAUUGAGAACACAAUUUAUGCAGAGGAUAAAAUGCUGAUGGAAGUGAGGAAAUCUGUUGAAGAAUUGGAGGAAAGAAUCCAAGGCAAAAGAAAAGAGAACAAGCUUCUUGAUAAGCAAAUUCAGGAAUUAAAUGUUGAUGUUACUGAGCAACAUUUGCAGAAAAAUUCAGAAUUAGAGACGAUAAAGGAGGAAGUAAGUCGCGCUAAAAUGUCCGCCAUCAUUGACAGAGCUCGCCUUGUGCGUUUGGUACAAGCUCAGCACUCACAAAUAUUAGAGCUUGGAACAAUGUUGGAGUUACAACGUUUAAAAACUUAUCCUACUCUGACAGCACCACCGACACUAAUUCAUGUCAAUUAGUCAUUAGUUCCGACUUCGAAAAUGCAUUAUAUUUCAGAACUGAGUAA